AGCUCCAGUCAGGCGGACGGGAUUCACCUCAAUUGCGAACGAGUCAAUCUGGGAUGCGUCUGUUUGACUUUAAUACUUUAAGACUAAAUAACAAUUGAAACUGUGCUAGUCGGCUGUCAACUGUCGGCUUUUGAUCCAGCAGGCGAACUUGAGGACGCUGGAAGGACUCAAAAAAAGAUGUCAAUUUUGCCUUUCACUCCCCCCAUAGUCAAGAGACUUUUGGGCUGGAAGAAGGGGGAGCAGAAUGGCCAAGAGGAGAAGUGGUGUGAGAAAGCCGUGAAAAGUCUUGUGAAGAAGCUGAAGAAGACGGGACAACUGGACGAGCUGGAGAAAGCCAUCACCACCCAGAACAUCAACACGAAAUGCAUCACAAUCCCAAGGUCUUUGGAUGGCCGCCUGCAGGUUUCCCACAGAAAAGGUCUGCCUCAUGUUAUCUACUGUCGUUUGUGGCGUUGGCCCGACUUGCAGUCCCACCAUGAGCUGCGAGCAGUGGAGCUGUGUGACUACGCCUUUCACACAAAGAAGGAUGAGGUGUGCGUCAACCCUUACCACUACCAGAGGGUAGAGACCCCAGUCCUCCCUCCUGUGCUGGUGCCCAGACACACAGAGAUCCCCAGUGAGUUUCCACUUCUGGAUGACUACAGCCAUUCAAUCCCAGAAAACACCAACUUCCCUGCUGGCAUCGAGCCCCAGAGCAACUACAUACCAGAAACGCCACCACCAGGCUACCUCAGUGAGGAUGGCGAGACCAGCGAUCACCAGAUGACCCACAGCAUGGACACAGGCUCCCCAAACCUGUCUCCCAACCCAGUUUCCCCCACACACAAUAACUUGGAUCUCCAGCCCGUGACGUACUGCGAACCAGCCUUCUGGUGCUCCAUUUCCUACUAUGAGCUGAACCAGCGGGUAGGAGAAACCUUCCACGCGUCACAGCCCUCUCUGACGGUGGACGGCUUCACAGACCCUUCCAACUCGGAGCGUUUCUGCCUGGGCCUGUUGUCCAAUGUCAACCGCAAUGCCGCAGUGGAGCUAACACGAAGACACAUUGGCCGUGGAGUGCGACUCUAUUACAUCGGAGGAGAAGUCUUCGCUGAGUGUCUCAGUGACAGCGCCAUAUUUGUUCAGAGCCCCAACUGCAACCAGCGCUAUGGCUGGCACCCUGCCACCGUCUGCAAGAUCCCACCAGGCUGUAAUCUGAAGAUCUUCAACAACCAGGAGUUUGCUGCCCUGCUGGCCCAGUCUGUCAACCAAGGCUUUGAGGCUGUGUACCAGCUCACCAGGAUGUGCACCAUUCGCAUGAGCUUUGUCAAGGGCUGGGGUGCGGAGUACAGGCGACAGACAGUGACCAGCACCCCCUGCUGGAUCGAGCUGCACCUAAACGGUCCCUUGCAAUGGCUGGACAAGGUGCUCACGCAAAUGGGCUCCCCUAGCAUCCACUGCUCCAGCGUCUCCUAGGGAACCUCCCGCAUGGCACACCCUUCCCCACGUACGUCCGGGACUGAAAACACACACCUAGCACUCAAAAACAUCAUCCUUCACUUCACCCUGCUUUUCUUCCCAACCAGCUGUCGGUAGCACUUUUUAUACUUUUUAUAUGGCAAAAGGGGAGAAGUGCAUUAAAGCAGGACCAUAUUAGUAGGAAAUCCGCUUCAUGCCGUUUUUAUGGCAUCCUCAGCUAGUGACUGGCUCAGUGAGGGUGUGGUUUUUCUUCAAUUAAGAGAUUCUUGUAUGUGUUUUUCAAUGAUGUUCAUGUUGUACAUACACAAUGCUGAAAAUGAAUUGUGGAGGAUGAAAGCAUUACAAGCAAUUAGUGUCUGUAGCUCUCUUCUUAGUUGGGCUGUUUCAGGACUGGUACAUUGGAACCCGCUUAUGUUGACAAUCCAUCUACAGGCUUCCUACGCAAGUAUGGAAAGUAUGUUUUAUAUAGGGGUGCACGAUAAUUAUCAGAUGGAUAUGAGGGAAUUAUGACAUCACACCGCUAAAUCCGAUAACCGAUAACUGAUCAUUUAAAAAAAAAAGAAGCUCCAAUGCGGGUGAGCAAAUCAAGCGCUCCUCGCCUGUUGUAACUUCCCCAGAGCUCACUUGUAAACAAUUGACAUCAGGUGGUGUUUUAUACAGACGCGAAGAAAGUGUAGCACAUGACACACACAGCUAGCAAGUAGUGCACACAAGAGUGCUGCUGCUGUGUGUGCACUCACUCGCAGCCCCACCUCUCCUCUUUGGGACAAAGAGACUGAAUGACUGCCUGGAGGGUUAACUCACUCUGUUCAUUCCGCUAUAGAACCAACGCACCCAGGUGUUGAAACAGAUGCACAGAGUGAACCUUCCUGUCAUCCAUCCAAACAAACAAACAUGCACAUGUCAAUAUAUCGAGGCCGGCAAAAUGAUCAAGUUUGUUUUCAUUUAUCGUGCAAAUUUACAGUAUGUAAUGAUUAUGGUGACACGCCUAUGCAUAGGCAACCAAAAGGCAAAUUUCUGUGAAAAAUUGGUCAGUUUAUGUUGAUACAUGUGGUGUCAUAUACUUCAUCAUGAUCACUAAGCAGCCUGAAAUGACAGCGACAUAACUACUGUCCAGUUUCACGGCAUGAAACUAUCCACACAGGGCCUUCCUGCUCAGUGCAAAGUAAAGCCCUGGUCACUUCGCCCGAACUUUGCUGUAGCAUCCCUGGAGCGGUGAAAAAAAUCAUCACCGCGCGUAACCGCGUACAAAAUGAGAAAAAAACAGAAAACACGGGCGUUGUCCUAGCGAUGCACCGCUGAAGCCGCCGUUGCUUUAGUGUUGGUUUAACGGUAGCGAACGUUGGUUUAGCGGUGACGCGAGCGUUGAUAGAGCGGCGUUCUGCGCAUGCGAGCUGGUGGCAUCCUCAUUGUUCUGUGGGUGGUGUCGAAUAAACAAGCCGACUAGUUAUUUAUGACUUUAAUCGCCAGGUCUGCUCGCAUGCAUCAUACAGUACAGCUCCACACUCACACAACUAUUGUUCCAUUCGCAGUGCUACAGUGCCCUCUACUGGUCAACAUGUAGCGGUAUAAAUAUAAUGUGUCUGCAAAUACUACACUCAUGAAGUGCUGGAAGGCUCAUUCCACAGCUCCACCAUCAGCUUGUCAUAUCCAUGGUAGUACAGUUUUACUGUAACUUUAAGCAAAUUCGAUAUAACUGAGGUCUGCACUCAACGGCUAUUCCAAAUGGGCUCCUGGCCCAUUUCUUCCCGUAUUAAUAGCGAAAUUAUGCUGUGCCUCCAACACCUCCAUACCAACGGCAAACCAAAGUUCAUCAACGCAAUGGAUCGCUGCUUCAACGCCUGACACCGUUCCAGCAAUCCCGUGUCCGCUUGUAAAGCGCUUACAGCCGCUUCAAAUAAGUUUUUGCAACGUUUAAUCACCGCCCGGGCAAAGCUGGCAAAGCAGCAGUGGUCCAGCGUUCAAGAUUUCUGCGUUGGUGUAGCGGACCCAAGCGUCCACGAACUUCCGUCUAGCGGCGCCAAACUUUGACUGGGCGUUGUUGGAGCGGUGAUUAACUUUGCUGUAGCGGAAAAUUGCCCGCUCCUCACCGCUGGCAAUAUUUUGUGCAGCUCAAAACUUUCGGAGCGGUAGGAGGGACCAUCAGCGGUGGUCGAGCGUAUACGGCGUUGCCUUAACAGGGGCCAACUUCUGUUAAACGGUGGUGCGCGGUUACGAGCGGUGAUGAAUUUUUUUCACCGUUCCAGGGACGCUACAGCAAAGUUCGGGCGAUGUGACCGGGGCUUUAGCUUCUACUUCUUUAUAUUUUUUUUAUUUUUAGCCACCAGAACAAAUAUUUGCUCAUGUACGAGAUCAUGGUCAAACUGCGUAUAGCGACAUGAGUCAGCCAAUCAGAGAGAUUUUGACGUAAAUAUAACGUAAGAAUACAAUAGAAAUGGAAACAAUAGAUUGCACCCGUUUAAUUUGGUUAGAUUUUGGUGAUGUCGACAGCCGCCUAUGUCAGCUUGUCCAAGGGGCGUCGACAUAAACAGGUUCCACAGUUGAAGGCAGGGGUGUCCAAAGUGCGGCCAGGGGGCCAUUUGUGGCCCGUGGCUGUUUUUUUUUUUUUUUUUUUUUAAUUGGCCCGCAGCACAUUCUAAAAGACAAAACAAAACAAAAAAAAAACAACAGCGGAAAUGGAAAAAUAACCUGUUAUUUUAGAAGAAUAAAGUCAAAAUAUUAAGCGCAAAACGUCGUAAUCUAAUGAGAAAGUACUAUGGGAAUGAAGUCCAAAUUAGUAGAAAAAAAUGUACAAGAAAAAAGAUGAAAUAGUUGGAAAAUGUUAAACAACAGAAAAAAGGUCGUAUUCUAACGAGAAAAGUGGUCACAAUUUUCAGAGAAUAUACUCGUAAUAUUAUGGGGAAAAAUAUAAAAUAUAAAAUAUUAUACUAUAAAAUGUUAAUACAUAAUAUAGUAUUAAAUAUUACAGAAGAAUAAUGUUAUUUAAGAAAAUAUUUUCACAAACAAACAAAAUAAAGUUGUCUUUUCUGGAAAAUUGUAUUGGGAAAAAAAGUUAUAUUAUAGGAAUAAAGUAAAAAAAAAAUUAUGGGAAUAAAGUCAUAAAACACCAGAAGAAAUUUUACAAAAAAAAAAAAAAGAUGAAUAGUUGGUGAAAGUUAAAAUAUUAAGAAAAAAAGUCUUACUGUAGUGAAAAAAAAUAGUUGCAAUUUUACAAGACUAAAUUUCUAAAUAUUGUGAGGAAAAAUAAUGUAAUUUUAGUAGCACAGAGUUCAAAUAUUGAAGGAGAAAUAUGUUUUUAAAAAAAAUCAGAAACAAAAGAAAAUAAAGAUUUCUUAUGUGGAGAAUAGUCGUAAUAUUAUGGGGAAAAAUAAUCAAGAUUAUAGAAAUUUACAAAAAAAAUUGAAUAGUUGGUAUAAAAAAACAAAACAAAAAAAACAGCAGAAAUGGAGGAAAGCAGCUAAAAUUUUACGAAAAGUCAAAAUAAUAAGAAGAAAGUUUUACUGUAACGAGAAAAAAAGUCGCAAUUUUACAAGAUUAAUCACAUAAUAUUAUGAGGAAAAAUAAUGUCAGGUUAGUAGCAUAGAGUUGAAAUAGUAAAGAAAAAAUGUGUUAUUAAAAAAAAAAAAAUAACCAAAAUAAAACAAAAUAAAGAGGAAAAAAAAAGAUGCAAUUUUACCAGAAUUAACUCGUAUGAUUAUGAGGAAAAAUAAUGUAAUUUUACUAACACAGAGUUUAAAUAGUAAAGAAAAAAUGUGUGUGUUUUUUUUAAUUAUUUUUAUUUUACCAGAAACAAACAAAACAAAAUAAAGUGGUGAUUUCUGGAAAAUUGGACUGGGGAAAAAGUUAUAAUAUCUUAGGAAAAAAGUCAAAAUAUGACGGGAAUAAAGUCACAAUAUUACGAGAAGAAAAAUUACUAAUAUUAUUUAAGAAGAAAAUUGAAAUAUUUGGAAAUUUAAAGGAAAAAAACAACCGCAAAAAUGGGGAAAAAUAAGAGCAAAGAGUGAAGUUGAUACAAGUAAAAGGCUUUUCCACCUACAGUAUGUGACGACGCCGUGACGGAGUUCUUUCUUGAAAUAUACUAAGAUGUAACUUCUUAGCGUACCUUCUGUACAUGUGUUGCUUUACAAAGUAUCAAAGUGGCAAAGUUGCAUCCUUUCAUGGCCCUGGCUUUGGUUUGGACACCCCUGCUUUAAGGUUUCGUCUUGUCCUCAAAAAAAGAAGGCAUUCUUCAGACCAGACCAGACUGUUAGAUGUACUGUACGUGCACCCAGCUCAGUCUUUAUUGUUUACAGCUCAUCUGCCGCCUGUGUGUGUGUGUGUGUGUGUGUGUGUGUGUGUGUGUGUGUGUGUGUGUGUGUGUGUGUGUGUGUGUGGGUGCUGCUUGUAUGUAUGCAUCUAUGUGUGUGUGUGCGUGCAUGCGCGUGCGUGUGUGACGACCAAACCUCGCUUCCUCCUUUCACAACAAAGCACAAAAGAGUCUGGUGAGACGUGACGGUGCAUCAGGAAGAGAAAAGCUUUGCCACAGUUGAUAUUGGGCGUGCUGUUCACUACUGACGGCAUCUCACAUCUCUGUCUAGAAAUAUGUGGAAACUUUGCAACUUUGCAUCAAUGAUUCAACUCUCAGGACUGUUAAAACAAACAAAAACAAACAAAAAAAACAACUAAUUGUAUCCUACGACGGGGUGUUAGGGCUACACGGGGAAAAAAAUGAUCUGAGAUUUCGAGAAUAAAGUCGUAUAUUUACAAGAGAAAAAGUUGUAAAUUUCAGAGAAAAAAAAGUCAGACAUUAAAAAAAAAGUUGUUAAUCUGAGAUUUCAAGAAAAAAAGUUGUACAUAUUACGAGAAUAAAGUACUAAUUUUCCGAGAAAAAUGUUGUGAUAUUACCUUUGCCUAUGGUCAAAUGCCCAAAGGUCACAUAAGUCCCGCCUUUUCAUAGCUGUCCUAGGCAAUGCCUGUUAUGACGGAGUAUUAAAAUAGUCUGAGAUUCAGAGAAUAAAGUCCUAAAUUUAAGAGGAAAAAGUUGUAAGUUUAUGUAACAGGCAUUGCCUGAGACAGCUAUGAAAAGGCGGGACUUAUGUGACUUUUGGCCUUGGGCAUGUGGAGGGGGCGGGGUAAGGAAGGCAAAAGUGAGAAGGGCUAGCCAUGCUAAUCUAAAGGCUCAAUGCGCAUCUGUUCUGUUUUGCUGCCACGUUAUAAAUAAAAGCUUGCCUGAAGCAAGAGGAAAGUUUCCAUCCUUCCUGAAGAGCUAAGCUCUAUUUUCCCUCUGACACGUAUGACACCAUGACACGUAAUAUUAACACUUUCAAUUUACAACUUUAUUCUCGUAAAUUAAAGACUUGUGUUCUCGUAAAUUUACAACUUUAUUCUUGUAAUUUUUCAGCUGUUUUUGUCGUAAAUUUACGACUUUUUUCCGAGUAAAUUUACAACUUUCUCUCUUAAAUUUCAAACUUUUUUUCUUGUAAAUGUACAACCUUUUUGUCGUAAAUUUACGAUUUUUUGUUGUAGAUUUACGUCUUUAUUCUCGUAAAUUUACGACUUUAUUCUAGUAAAUCUACAACUUUAUUCUCAUAAUAUUAUAACUUUUUUCUUGUAAAUUCAUGAAUUUAUUCUUGUCAAUUUACAACUUUUUUUUAGUAAAUUAACAACUUUUUCUCGUAAAUUUCCUACCCUUGUCAUAAAUGUACGACCUUAUUCUCAUAAUGUUACAACUUUUUUUGUCGUAAAUUUACGACUUUUUUCUUGUAGAUUUACGACUUAAUUCUUGUCAAUUUCCAUCUUUUAUUCUAGUAAAUGUAGGACUUUAUUCUCAUAAUAUUACGACUUUUUUCUUGUAAAUUUAUGACUUUAUUCUUGUAAAUUUAUGACGUUAUUCUCAUAAUAUAAUGGCUUGUUUUCUUUAUUUUAUGAGAACUCGUAAAUUUACUACUUUUUUUCUAGUAAAUUAAAGACUUUUUCUCGUAAAUUUCCAACUUUUCUUCUAAAUGUACGACCUUAUUCUCGUAAUGUUACAACUUUUUUGUCAGAAAUUUUACCACUGUUUUUCUCGUAAAUUUAUGAUUUUGUUCUCUUAGAUGUACGAUUCUUUUCUUGGAAAUGUACGAUUUUAUUCUCGUGUUGUUAUGACUUUUUUCUCAUAAAUUUGUGCCUUUUUUCUCGUAAAUAUAUAACAUUUUCUUGUAAAUGUAUGACUUUUUUUCUCUUAAAUUUACGACUUUAUUCUUGUAAAUUGACUUUUUUCUCCUAGAUUUACGCAUUUAUUCUUGGAAUUGUACGACUUUUUUUCCCGUAAAUUUACAACUGUAUUCUCGAAAUCUCCGAUUAUUAUUUUUUUGUUCAAUGUGGCCCUAAUACGCUGUGGUAGCACCCAGAAAGCAGGGAAAAGACAGAUCUAUUUUUGUAGGGCAGUAAGGUCACAAGUUUUUCAUAAAGGGAAGCAUGUAAAUAACUUUAUUUUUCCUAUGUAGUGCGUAUUAUACCACCUUUAAUCUUUUCUAAUGUUGAUGAAUGAUGCAAGUGGGGGAAAUUUCCUUGUAAAACAAAUCCUCCGGAAAGAGCGCUAGUCCUCAACAGUUCAGUCUGUGUGUUUCAGAAAAGUAGCAUCUACCAAUCUGAGACCAUCACACCUUUUUGUGGUGUCACUGAAGGCCACAGCAGCCAGGGGGGUGUCCAAAGUCUGGCCUCGGCGGACGUUUCCGGCCCACGGCAUGGUUGAAAUGAAUAAAUGAAAAUGAAAUAUGACCUGCAUCAGAUCAUGACUAAUGAUGGUUAGCGCCACACUGGAAAGAAAACAAGUCAAAACUUUAUUAAGGCCUCCGUUUUCCAUACUGAAAAAUUAUUUAAAUAGAAAUAAAAAUAUUAAUUAGAAUAACCUUUGUUUUACAAUUGAAAAAAAAAAAAAGCACAUUCGACAGAAAUUAUUUGUUUUUUAUUUCAUUUUUAGUUUUAUUUUUAGUGUUAUUUUUAUUAAUAGUUUUGAAAAGGAUGACAGGCGCCUCAAUCAAUGACGAAAAGUGCGUUUAUUUCACGAGUUCAAUUCAAAAAGUUCAACUAGUUGAUAUUUGACAUGGUCCCUACACGGAGUGAUUUAGUUAAAAAAAAACGUUUGGAAUUCUUAAUUUAAAAAAAUAUGUUUUUGGUGGUUAGAGAUUACUUAAUAAAAAAAAAUAAAAAUAAAAAUUCAGUAUCUCGUCCAAUUUGAAAAAUGGUCAAAAAGUGAACAAGACCGGUCUGAGCUGAACUCCUGAAAUCAAUUCACUUUUCUAAGAUAUUCAAAUUUAUGGAGAUGAAUUACUUUGUCGUCGUCGUUCUUUUCUAAUCUAGAAUUCCAAAAAAUAGUCAAAUGCAGUAAAGGCAAUUUUUUUUCAUCUCUAAUUUUAAACAAUUAAAUAAUUUUUGGCUAUUGUGACUUAAUUUUUUAUUUUUUGAUGGUCAAAAACACUAAAGGCAAUUUUCAAAUGUGUAAUUUAAAAAAUAUAGAUAAUUUGCCAGGUAUUGCAAAAAAACAUUUUGAUAGUCAAAUACAGUAAAGGCAAUUUUCUAACGUAUCAUUUAAAAAACAUAACUAAUUUCUGGCUGUUGUGAUUUUAGAUUUUUUUUAAAUAGUCAAAUUCAAUAAAGGCAAUUUUUUAAAUCUGUAAUUAAAAAAAAAUCUAUAAUUUCCAGCUAAUUAAAAAAAAAAAUCUUCCCGCUAUUGUGAUUUUUUUUGGGGGGGGUGGGGACAGCCAAAUGCAGUAAAGGUAAUUUCCUAAUCUAUAAUUUUUUGGGGGUAAAAAAUCAGGUUAUUGUGAUUUUUUUUUAUUUUUAUUUUUUUUUGUAUAGACGAAGGCAAUUUAAUGUUUUUGUUUUGAUAGUCAAAUGCAGUAAAGGCAGUUUUUGAAUUCUAUAUAAAAAUAAAUAAAUUUCCAGCUAUUGUGAUUGUUUUUUUCUUGUUUUUGAUAGUCAAAUACAGUAAAAGCAAUUUUUAAAGAAUUUAAUAAUUUUCCGGCCAUUGUGAUUUAUUUUUUUGAUAGUCAAAUACAGUCAAGGUAAUUUUCUAAUCUAUAAUUAAAAAAAAAAAUUCGCUAUUGUGUUUUUUUUUUUUUUUAUAGUCAAAAGUAAAGGUAAUUUUAACUGUAGAUGGCAGAAGUUGUUUGAUUUAAUUUGCCCCCCCCUCCCCCAAAUAAAAAAAUCACAAAAAAAAGAGAGCUGUAUUUGCCCACUAUAUAGUAAUUGGAUAAUCAGGAAACGUAUGAAUGAAUGAAUGAAUGAAUGAAUAUGCUAGAUGGGAAGGAAUGUUUUGGCCUGUAGUCGGGUCUAUUUGUCCUCCAUUGCCAUUGUGUUGGCGUUAGCUGUGUUUUAUAAACACAAACCCCGGCAUCCUUUCAUUUUUCGUGAUGUGUCGGACCUUGGUGGAAAACGUUUGGGCACCCCCGCCUGCCUUCAGGGCUCUUAUUAGUCCCCACGGAGUCGGUGUGAGCCUACCUGGGAAGUAUUGUGCACCAGUAAGAGUGCUUGUGUUUUGCAAUUAGUUGUGAUUUUUGCUUCUGUGAAUUGUUCAUUUUAGACGUCUCGACAUACGCUUAUGUCCUUGAUUUGCUCUUGUCUAUAAAAUGAUGUGAUUUGUUUGGUGUAUGAAAUAAAAACGAUAUAUCUUCUGUGA